AUCAUCCUACAACAAUCACCAUUCCUCCUACAUCAACCACUGUUAAUCCAACACCCACAUCUGUUUCUCAAACAACAACAGUUGCUUCAACAACCACGGUUACUCCUAAAAUGAUCAUAGUUACUCCAAUAACUACAACUGUUCAUUCAAUAACUACUACAGUUGCCCCCACAACAACAACGAUCAUUCCAAAAACUAGAAGUGUUUCUCCAUCAACUACCUCUGUUGAUCCACCAACUACCACUGUUGAACCAAUAACUACAAGUUCAUCUCCAACAACUACUGCAAAUACUUCAACCACUACGAAUAUUUCCCCACCAACUACAACAACAGCUGCUUCAAAAACAAGUAUUUUUGCUUCUUUAACAACCACAGGUACUCCAACAACUACAACUGUUAGUCCAACAACUACAGCUAUUCCUUCAGCAUCAGCCACAGUUGUUGCAACAACUACAGCUGUUCCUCCAACCACAACCACCGCUGCUCCAAUAACAACUACAACUAAUCCUCCAACAAUUAUAAAUAAUCAUCCUACAACAACCACCAUUCUUCGUACAACAACCACUGUUAAUCCAACACCCACAUCUGUUUCUCAAACAACAACAGUUGCUUCAACAACCACGGUUACUCCUAAAAUGAUCAUAGUUACUCCAAUGACUACAACUGUUCAUUCAAUAACUACCACAGUUGCCCCCACAACAACAGCUAUCAUUCCAACAACUAGAAGUGUUUCUCCAUCAACUACCUAUGUUGAUCCAAUAACUACAAGUUUAUCUUCAACAACUGCAAAUACUUCAACCACUACGAAUAUUUCCCCACCAACUACAACAACAGCUGCUUCAACAACAAGUAUUUUUGCUUCUUUAACAACCACAGGUACUCCAACAACUGCUCCAACGAGUACAGCUGUUACUCUAACGACUAAAGCUAUUCCUCCAACAACCACAGUUGCUCCAACAACAGUUGUUCCUACAAUGAUCAAAUCUAGUCCAGUGACUACAACUGUUCCUUCAGCAACUACCACAGUUGCCUCUACAACAACCUCAGUUAUUCCAACAAUUAGAACGGUUUCUACAUCAACUACCAUUGUUGCUCCAAUAACUACUAGUUUUUCACCAACAAUUGCUGCAAUUACUUCAACCAAUACACAUAUUUCCCCACCAGCUACAACCACUGCUUCUCCUACAAUAACUACUCCAAGAACUACAACUGCUCCUCAAACAACAGCCACAGUUGCUGCCACAACUACAGUUCCUCAAACAAUUACAAUUGGUCCUCUAACAACAUCCACAAAAGCUACUACAACAACCAUAGGUACUUUCAGAACUACAACCAUAGUUGCUUCUACAACACCAACAGCUACUUCAACAUCUUUAACCACUGUGACUCCAACAAUUACAGCUGUUUCUCCAACAACAUCCAUACUUACUUCAGCAACAAUCACAGUUACUGCAUCACCUACAACUGUUUCUUCUACUAGAACCACAGUUCCUACAAUAACUCCAACUGUUCAUCCAACAACUAAAGCUGUUUACCCUACAUCAACCACUGUUACUCCAACAACUACAGCUAUUCCUCCAACAACCACAAUUGCUCCAACAACUAUACCUAUUCCUCUAAAAACCACAAUUGCUUCAACAGCAACACUUGCUCCAAAAACAACCCUUCUUUCUCCACCAACAACUACAGCUAAUCACACAACAUCAAAGGUUACUCAGUCAACUACAACUGUUGCAACAGCAACCACACUUUCGAAAACAACCUCUAAUACAUUAGCCACUGUUGCCCCACAAAUUGUCACCCCAAGAGCAACCACAGUUGUUCCAAUUAAUAAAACUGAUCCUAUGAUAACUAUGGUUUUUCAAAGAACAUCCUGGGCUGCUCCUACAACAGCUUCUACAACAGUAACUGCCCUUACCUAUACCCCAAACUUUUCAAGCGGAGAAAUCCACAAGAUCAGUCUCAUAACCGUGUUCUGCAUUGUGCUUUUGUCAUGGGUACUAUUGAGUCAGCAGUAACAUUUUGAGCUUAUUUCCACAGUAGUCCUUUUAGUAAAUGAUGAUUCUUACUCUUAUAAAUAAUAACUGUAACUGUAUUAUUAACUGAAAGGAACAUAUUCAUAAAAAUUGUUAAUGGCAAAAUCAAGUCUAAAAAUGUUGAUACCCCUGAACGUUUUGAAAAUAUUUAACAAACUGUAGCCCUGGGUUUAAGUCUGUAAUUAAAAACCUUUUAUCAAGCAAGAAAGAGUUAUCAUAAAAGAGGGAAGUCUUGCAAAACUUUGUGUAUAAGUUAUAACAAGUUAUUUUUGUUAUUUUUGUUUAUACAAACUUUAAUUAUGUAAUGGUAAUGUAAAUUAUAUUUGUGCACAGUGAACAUAACUCUUAAUAGCUCUUUGGGUAGUAAAACUAAUUAUGCAAACAAACAUAGCUCUCACUCAUUUAUUUUUGUAAGGUUUGUAAAAUGUCAAUAAAACAUAUUGUGUGA